CCAGGCCAGGGUAGUGGGAAGAACACAAGAAGUUUGGAUGUUGCCUGGAUUUGUACUCGUGGACAUUUGCAAAUGAGCACAUCUCAGCUUGGAUAUAUUUAGUUUUCGUACGGAUUCUUUAAAAGAUCCUUGGCAGGAGGUGUGCCUAAUUUGGGAUUUAUUGGAAGGAUAGAUAUCCAUUGUUGAAAAUUUUUGGAAAAGGCCAAUGGGUGCUUCAUUUACCAUCUGCUGCCGUCGCUACUAUCUGAAACAUAACAGAGAAGAGAAGAAUGCUAUUUUGCGCAUGCGCACCACCGCAACUUCCAGACCACCUGAACAGCUAUCCAGUAGCUCCAGCAACAGUGACACAGAAGAGGAGAGUCUUUUUGGACCUCCACCUUCAAGAAGAAGCCCAUGGGAGAAUCAGGAAAGCCAGAGGAGCAACACAAAUCAGUGGACCGCCACAAACAGACUCGAUGGCUCUCUCAUCCAGCGAGGAUCGGACAGAGAGCUAGAGGCUUUUAUCAACAUGAGAGACCAGGCUGACAAAGCUACAGAGGAAUGGGAAAAGCUGAAUUAUGACAUACACACCCUGCGCUACACCAGGCGAGAAGUCAGAUCUCGAUGGAAGAAAAUCCUGCUGCAGUUAGGCUAUCAGUGUGAGGUGGAUGCCUUGCUGUCUGUGAACAGUCAGAGUCUGUUCAGUCGAGAUCAAGAACAUCUCAACAAAGCGACUGAACUGUUGAAACAGCUGCUGGACCGCACCUCUCUGUUCCCUCCUGGAGCAGGAUUUCAGAACAGAUACCUCUUUGUAAUGGACCGGCUGGUGUCACUGGACAGCGCUGAGGACUUUGUCAGACUGGCCAAAGAAAAAUAUCCCAAGAAAGAUGGCUGAGAGAUAGUAAUGGAGAGAAAAGGACUCAAAGACUGAAAGGGGAGUAAGGAAUGUGUUGAAAAUGUUGACCAAUUUUGUACAAAUAAACUUGUCACCAUUUGCAUACAGCCACUUUUACCACAUUCCAGCAUUCAUAUAACUGUAGAAGCAAGAGCCGGUUAAUGUUAGUCCUUUUGCCUGAAUCUCCAUCGUCUUUAUAAUACCAUAUACAUUUAGAUGAAAUGCUUUUAAUUUAUUAAUUAUCAUUCAAGCAUUUCUGUUGCACUACUAAACUAUUAUACAGCAGGAGAUGAUACAUGUGCAGAUACAUUAGUUUAAUCUAAGGAGCCACCUGCAUGGCAUGUGUAUUAAAUAUUGCAAAAAAGAUACAUUUCUUUACUUUUCUCCCCACAAACAUCUUUCUUUUUUUUGUUGUUGAUACUGAUGAGUGUCUUCUGUGAUAUUGGGUUGUUUCCUGCUCAUAUUGUGACUAUUAAAAUACAUUUACUCAUUGUG